CGUAAACAAAAAGAUCUUUUAUGUUGCGAAGGUGUUAACCUGCUUCACAAAGACGAAAAUCUGUUCGAUUUUAAAGAUGGUAUCUGAAGCGCAUGUUUUAAGUAUUCUUCGUAAUUUGGAAAAAUGCUGGACUUUAGAGCAAUAUCUUGAUUUUACUAUAAAAGCCAAAGAUGGAAGUAUCCAGUGUCAUCAAAUCCUGUUUUCCAGUUUAUGUAAACUUUCUCAUAAAAAAGAAACAGCAACAUCUUGUGAAAAUUCUUUGAAUGUAGAAACAUGUCUCAAUAAUGUAGCACAUUUUCUAUCAAUGCUCUAUAAAUCAACAAUAAAACCUCAGGAUUUUACCGACAUUUUUUUAUCAACAGCAAAAAUGUUUGGGUUGCCAAUACCACAUCUGACAAAGGGCACAAGAAAACAAAGCUGUUUACACGAAGAAUUUGUUAAACAACGAAAUUUGACCUUUGGUGACACACUAGCAAAUGCAAGAAAGAACAAUAUAUUAUCUGAUAUAACUAUUCUCAUACAAAAACAGAAAUUUUUCUGUCAUAAGGUUAUUUUAGCGGCUUUUUCUGCAUAUUUUGACGCCAUGUUUUCUUCGAAGCUCAGCGAGCUUCAUCAAGAUGAAGUUAUAAUUCAUGAUGUAGAUAAAAAGACGUUCAGUAAGAUUCUUGACUUUAUGUAUACUGGGGAAAUUACAGUUACAAUACAGAAUGUUCAGGAUUUGAUGUCUACCUCAUCAUAUUUGCAAAUUCCUUUACUUCAAGCUCAAUGUGAACGUUUUAUGGUACGCCAUAUUGAAAUUGACAAUUGCAUUGACGUGGUAAAACUCGGCGAUGCAGUUGGAUCUGAUUAUCUGAUGUCUAAAGGGAUCAGCUUUGUGUGUCGCCAUUUUAGUACUGUGUCUAAUAACAAAGAAUUCCUUACACUUACAAAAAUCAUGAUAAAUAGAAUCUUGCAAAAUGACCAGAUAAAUGCAGAAAAUGAAUAUACGAUCUUAAAAGUUUUACUAUUAUGGAUUAAACACCAGAAAGAUAAAGUCGAAAUUACUGAUCUUAUGAAAAAUGUUAGACUUUCACUAGUUUUAGAAAGUGCGUUAGAAAAAACUUUGGAAAAUCCUUUGGUAAAAAAAGACCGAAACUGUGUUCAGUAUGUCAAUGAUGUAAUAAAAAACAAGAUCAAUAAAACUGAACAAACCAGAACAUUUGAAACAGAAGACGUCAUGGUUGUUAUGUGGUCCUCUAGUUAUAUACCAGGACUUCAUUUAGCAUGCUUUAGUUUUGUAAACAACACUUGGUACCAGUUACCGGGGUUACCAAAUCAUUCGACAGGAGGUUCGUAUGGCGCAUGUUCCAACGACAGUGAUAUUUAUAUAUGCGGAGGUAGUGGAAAUCCAACAGCUUUUCACCGAUUCAAUUUUCCUUCAAAUAAAUGGCAGAAAUUAGGUCCAAUUGAGUUUAAAUAUGGACGCGCAGACCAUGCCAUGGUCAUAAAAAAUGAUAAUCUGUAUAUGAUUGGUGGAAGUCAGGAUAGAAUCGUAGUAUGGCCAUUUGUAGAUAAAUACAAUAUAACGGAUAAGUCAUGGAAUCGCAUGGGUGCUCUCAGUAUUGCAGUAUCUAAUCCUUCAUGUGCAAUAUUUAAUGAAAGCAUUAUAGUGUUUGGGGGUAAUAAAUCCUUUGGUGAGUUUGUUUCUGCUAUUCAGGUAUACGAUUUAACAACUAACUCGUGCACCUCGUUUUCAAAGUUACCAAUAAUGUGCAGUUUUAGUGGACUAGUAAUGAAUGAAGAUGUAGCAUACAUUGUUGGUCCUAAAGGCGAUGUGGUUUUAUAUGAACAUGGUAAAGAUCCGGUUGUUUUAGGUUCAGUGCACAAACAAACAAUGUUUGGAUUCGGUACAGCAUUUUAUAAUGGUAAAGUGUUUGUAAUAGGUGGAAGCUCGGAUCGCAUGGAGUCAACUGAAUCAAGGGCGUUUGAUAUCGUGUCUAAAACUACUUCUAUUACAAAUAGGAACAUGAAAGUACCUGCUAAAAAGGAAUCAAACCAGUAUUUCAUGAUCAUCCACAACAUUCGCAAAUCAUUACUUAUACCAGACAAUCUAUACAAAGAUUGACAUGCAGGGCCGUAGCACAAUGGAGGGAAAUUAAUUACUUUCACAUGUGGAGCAGGACCUGCUGGCCCUUCUGGAGCACCUGCUAUCAUCCCGGUUUUUUGUGGAGUGUGUGUUGCUCAGACUUUAGAGUUAUAUGUUGAAUUUUGUAGACUGUUGUUUGUCUUUUGGUCGUUUUUCGCCAUGGCGUUUGUCAGUUUGUCUUCGACUUAUAUGAGUUUGAAUGUCCGUUUGAAAUCUUCCGCCUUUACUUUAAAACGGCAAUGAUACAUGGAUGCGAAGAAUUGUUUAUUUACGUAACGUAACUUACAGAAUUUAACAUUAUAAUCAUGGAAGUAAGAAUGAUAGUUGAUAUUGUAUGACUUCACGCAACAGUCGUACGAAAGCGUAGAAAUUCAUCUUUUCUUGAAAACCGUCGAACCACAAUUCAGAAUUGUACUCCAGCGCGAACUAGUCUAUAGGAAACUAUAAAGAUUACUGACAGCUAUUUCCGAAUGUUUAUUUAACUUUGAAUCUACUUCUUAUCCUUCCAUUUACUUCUGUUUGCUGUGAAAGGUCAUUUUCAAGUUGAAUGUGUUAAUAUUAAUCCUCAUCGCUGAGGACUUGCAAUAUUGCACGUUCACAUGAACACAGAUAUGGAGAGGAUGUUAAAAGCAUUUGAUAUUUCUGGCAAUAUUUAAGACAAGAAAAUUUUAUUGAACGCUGAUACGGAACACUAAAUGUUAUAACAAUAGAAAUAAAAAAAAAUCAUAAUUUACAA